AUGCCCCAAGCCUAUGAGACCUUCAACACCAGGGUCGACGUCCCCUACAGUAUGAUACUGGCAUGGAACGCCCGCUACAUCAACGGCACCAACGCAACUCGCCCUCCCGGCGUGCGAACUCCCUUCUGGCGUCCCGUGCAGAACCCCCCCGAGCCUCCCUUUAAGCCAGAGCCCAUCGUCCCAUUCCGCAUACUCGAUCUGCCACCCGAACUGCGUGAAGCGAUCCUCUACCUCGCCCUUGAGAACACCUCGGCCUACUCGCUCGACCGCCAGGUCAUCACCCUUGGGUCCCCGAUGCGCUCCAACGUCUUCAUCCCACGUCGCACCGUCUGGCAAAACUCCACCGGCCAGUUCCUUCGUCUGCUCCUCGUCAGCAAACAGGUCAACGCCGAGGUCCAGCGCAUGCUCUUCAAUCGAUUUGCGUUCGAUACCCCCGGCUGGGGCAGACUUCUGCAGCGCUGGUCGCGAGCAACUGGUGGAAGAGCCUCUCUUCUUUCAUCUUCUUCUCCCUCUUUGCUGACCAUCUCUACCCUCCCAAUCAAACAACUCAAACAUUUGGUGUACACGCCGCACUAUACCGAGAGAAUCGGCGAGCAUGAAAUCAGCAUCGCACGCGUCGUCUCUUUGCUACGCUCGCUGUGUGACGUUCGCAUCCUCGUCACUUGGGCCUGUGCUCAGGUCUUGCUCGGCAAAGACAACCAACAGCAGGGUAAUAAUCAGACCCAGAUCGAUACCAUGAAGGGAGCCCUGCACAUUGUCCGAGUUGCCCGGUUGUUCAGCCCCGUCAAAAAGGUCGCGGUUGUCGGGCAGUCCCUGGCCACCCCGGAGGAGAAACGUAUGCUCGACGAGGCACGCGACAUGCUCAAGGAGGAACGCUGGUAUUGGGAGCUCCCUAGCGAUUAUGCCUUUUCCUCCCCCUCCUCUUCUUCUGCAAUCGAGAGAACUCUUUAA